UCAUAUUUAACAGAUGUCAAUUGUUGUAGAACUUCAUGGGUAUGCUCUGGGAAUCACCUUUUACCUCAAAUAAACAGUGGAUUUCUGCUGUUGUGGACCUUUAAUCAUCUGUCUGACUUUGUCAUUCACACAGGAGAGAGACGUGACUAUCGUGGAUCCUCUGGGGAGCCUCAACAACAUCAUGAUGCUGACGAGGCAGAGAAGAGUCUCUCCAGAUCAGAACUCCUCAAGAAACACCAGCAGAGGCUCACAGGGAAGAAAUCUUACUGCAAAUCUACAUCAGAACUUAAAAUACACCAGCGAGUACUCACAGGAGAGAAAGCUCACCACUGUUUUGAUUGUGGGAAGAGUUACUCAAGAGCAGAUGCACUGAAAGUACACUUGAGAAUUCACACAGGAGAGAAACCUUUUGGCUGUGAUCAAUGUGGGAAGAGUUUUACUGAGUCAUGCAGCCUGAAAUCACACCAGAGAACACACACAGGAGAGACAUCUUAUGUCUGUGAUCAAUGUGGAAAGAGUUUUACUCAACCAGACAGCCUGAUAGUGCACCAGAGAAUACACACAGGAGAGAAAUCUUAUAGCUGUAGUCAAUGUGGGAAGAGUUUUACUCAACCAGACAGCCUGAUAGUGCGUCAGAGAAUACACACAGGAGAGAAAUCUUCCAGCUGUUAUCAAUGUGGGAAGAGUUGUACUACAUCUAGCCAUCUAAUUGUACACCAGAGAACACACACAGGAGAGAAAUCUUAUAGCUGUUAUCAAUGUGGGAAGAGUUUUACUACAUCUAGCCAUCUAAUUGUACACCAGAGAACACACACAGGAGAGAAAGCUAAUGGCUGUGAUGAAUGUGGGAAGAAAUUUACUGCGUCAAACUCCUUGAUAGUGCACCAGAGAAUACACACAGGAGAGAAAUCUUAUAGCUGAAGUCAAUGUGGGAAGAGUUUUACUCAACCAGACAGCCUGAUAGUGCACCAGAGAAUACACACAGGAGAGAAAUCUUACAGCUGUUAUCAAUGUGGGAAGAGUUUUGGUACAUCUAGCCAUCUAAUUGUAUUUUGGUCAAUCUGGCCAUCUGACAGU